AUGCAGAGCCCACAGCUGCUGACCACUGCCCACCUUCUCUGCGUGUGCUUCGCCGCACUGGCCGCGGCCUCCGGGCCCCGGUUUCUGGUGACAGCUCCAGCGAUCAUCAGGCCUGGAGCAAACGUGACGGUUGGAGUGGAGCUUCUGGAACAGAGCCCCCCACAGGUCACUGUGAGGGCAGAGCUGGUCAAGGUGAGGUCAGCCUCAGAUGUGUCCGUCCUGGAGGCAGAAGGUGUCUUCCACAGAGGUUCUUUCAGCACACUCACUCUGCCAGCGCUACCCUUGAACAGUGCAAAUGAGAUUUAUGAGUUACGUGUAAUUGGAAAGGCCCAGAAUAAGACUUUAUUCUCUAAUAGUACACGCUUAUCAUUUGAGACCAAGAGAAUCUCUGUCUUCAUUCAAACAGACAAGCCUCUAUACAAACCAGGGCAAGAAGUGAAGUUUCGUGUUCUUACACUCUUCCAAGAUUUCAAGCCUUACAAAACAUCUUUAACCAUUCUACUUAAGGAUCCCAAGUCAAAUUUGAUCCAACAGUGGUUGUCUCAACAAAAUGAGCUUGGAGUUGUUUCUAAAACUUUUCAACUAUCUUCCCAUCCAAUACUUGGUGACUGGUCCAUUCAAGUUCAAGUGAAUGAUCAGACGUAUUAUCAAUCAUUUCAUGUUUCAGAAUAUGUGUUACCAAAAUUUGAAGUUGUUUUGCAGACACCAUUGUAUUGUUCUUUGAAUUCUAAGACUUUAAACGGUACCGUUACAGCUAAGUACACAUAUGGGAAGCCAGUGAAAGGAGAUGUAGAGCUUACAUUUCUACCUUUAUCGUUUUGGGGACAGAAGAAAAAUAUUACAAAGAAAUUUAAGAUAAAUGGAUCUGCAAACUUCUCUUUUAAUGAGGAAGAGAUGAAAAAGGUAAUGGAUUUUUCAAAUGGGCAUUCUGAACACAUGGAUGUAUCUUCCCCUGGGCCAAUAGAAAUUUUAGCCACAGUGACAGAAUCACUUACAGGUGUCUCAAGAAAUGCAAGCUCCAAUGUAUUUUUCAAACAGCAUGAUUAUAUCAUUGAGUUUUUUGAUUAUGCUACUGUCUUGAAGCCAUCUCUCAACUUCACAGCCACUGUGAAGGUCGCUCGUUCCGAUGGCCAUCAACUCACUCUGGAAGAGAGAAGAAAUGACGUCAUCAUAGCAGUGCUGCAGAGAAACAGUACCAAUCUCUGGCCCAGGUGGAGCAGCAGACGUGAGGAAAUGGCAGCGGACCAGAACAUCAGUUACACCGUCCCCCCAAACGGAACCUUUAAGAUUGAAUUUCCAAUCCUGAACGAGUCUGUUGAACUACACUUGAAGGCCUAUUUUCUUGGUAGUGUAAGUAGCAUGGAAGUUCAUGGCAUGUUUACGUCUCCCAGUAAGACAUAUAUUCAGCUAAAAGCAAGAGAUGAAAAUGUCAAGGUGGGGUCACCUUUUGAGUUGGUGGUUGCUAGCAACAAGCCCCUGAAGGAGCUAAGCUAUAUGGUAGUAUCCAGGGGACAGUUGGUGGCUGUAGGAAAACAAGAUUCAACCAAUUUCUCUUUAAUACCAGAAAAUUCUUGGGCUCCAAAAGCUUGCAUUAUUGUGUAUUAUAUAAAUGAUGAUGGUGAAAUUAUAAAUGAUGUUCUCAAAAUCCCUGUUCAGCUUGUUUUUAAAAAUGAGAUAGAGCUGUUUUGGAGUAAAGUUACUGCUGUACCAUCUGAGAAAGUCUCUCUAGGGGUCUCGGUGACGCAGCCUAACUCGAUAAUUGGCAUUGCAGCUGUUGACAAAAGUGUGAAUCUGCUGAAAACCUCCAAUGAUAUUUCAAUGGAAAAUGUGGUCCAGGAGUUGGAGCUGUAUAAUACAGGAUAUUAUUUAGGCAUGUUCAAAAAUUCCUUUGUAAUCUUUCAGGAAUGUGGCCUUUGGGUAUUGACGGAUGCGAACCUUACGAAGGAUUACAUUGAUGGUGUUUAUGACAGUUUGGAGUAUUCUGAGGAGUUUUUGGAGGAAAAUGAGGAAAGCAUGGUAAGCUUUCAUGGCUUCUCUUCAGUUGACAACCCACGAAUCAGGAAGCACUUUCCAGAAACUUGGAUUUGGCUAGACACCCUCAUGGGCUCCAAGACUACCCAAGCAUUUGAAGUUACUGUACCUGAUUCCAUCACUUCUUGGGUUGCUAAUGCCUUUGUCAUCUCUGAGGACUUAGGGCUUGGACUAACAGCUGCUCCAGUGGAGCUGCAAGCCUUUCAGCCAUUUUUCAUUUAUUUGAAUCUUCCCUACUCUGUUAUCAGAGGUGAAGAAUUUGCUUUGGAAGUAAUCCUAUUCAAUUACUUGCAGGACGCCAUUGAGGUUAAGAUAACCAUCGAAAAAAGUGACAAAUUUGAUAUUUUAAUGACUUCCAAUGAAAUGAAUGCCACAGGAUACCAACAGACCAUUCUGGUCUCCAGUGAGGAUGGGGUGACUGUUCUUUUCCCUGUCAGACCAACACAUCUGGGAGAAAUUCCUAUCACAGUAACAGCUUUUGCAGCCAAUGCUUCUGAUGCCAUCACUCAGAAGGUUUUUGUAAAGGCUGAAGGAAUAGAAAAAUCAUAUUCAGAAUCCAUCUUACUAGACUUGACUGAUAAAAAGAUAGGAACUACAACAAAAUCUUUGAGUUUCUCAUUUCCUCCUGACACAGUCAGUGGCAGUGAAAGAAUUCAGAUCAACGUAAUUGGAGACAUUCUUGGUCCCUCCAUCAAUGGCUUGGCCUCUCUGAUUCGAAUGCCUUAUGGCUGUGGCGAACAGAACAUGAUUAACUUUGCUCCAAAUAUUUAUGUUUUGAAUUAUCUGACUACAAAGAAACAACUGACAGAUAGUUUGAAAGAAAAAACCCUUGCAUUCAUGAGACAAGGUUAUCAGAGAGAACUUCUCUAUCAAAGGGAAGAUGGCUCCUUCAGUGCCUUUGGGAAUAGUGAUCCUUCUGGGAGCACUUGGUUGUCAGCUUUUGUCUUAAAAUGCUUCAUUGAGGCUGAUCCAUAUAUAGAUAUUGAUCAGAAUGUGCUACAAAGAACAUAUACUUGGCUCAAAGGACAUCAAAAAUCCAAUGGUGAAUUUUGGGAACCAGGAAGAGUGAUUCAUAGAGAGCUGCAAGGUGGUAACAAUGGUCCUGUGAUGCUCACGGCCUAUAUUGUGACUGCUCUCCUGGAAUACAGAAAGUAUCAGCCUAAUAUUGAUGUGCAAAAAUCUAUCCUAUUUUUGGAGUCGCAGUUCAGAGAAGGAAUUGGAGACAAUUAUACCCUGGCUCUUAUAACAUAUGCAUUGUCAUCAGUGGGGAGUCCUGAAGCGGAAAAUGCUUUGAAUAUGCUGACUGAGAGAGCGGAACAAAAAGAAGGUAUGCGGUUCUGGGUAUCUUCAGGUGCUAAACUCUCUGAGUCCUGGCAGCCACGCUCCCUGGACAUUGAAGUGGCAGCGUAUGCACUGCUCUCACACUUCAGGCAACGUAAGGUAUCUGAAGGCUUCCCAGUUAUGAGGUGGCUAAGCAGACAGAGAAAUAGCCUGGGAGGUUUUGCAUCUACUCAGGAUACUAUUGUGGCUUUGAAAGCCCUGUCUGAAUUUGCAGUCCUAAUGAGUACGGAGAAGACCAAUAUUCAAGUGACUGUGAGGGGACCUCACUUACCUAAUCCUAUACACUUUGACAUUGAGACACACAGCCGUUUGCUCCUUCAGUCAGCAGAGCUUGCUGUGGAAUACCCAACUACACUUAAUAUUUCUGCAAGUGGUUUAGGAUUUGCUAUUUGUCAGUUCAAUGUUAUUUAUAAUGUGAAAGAUUCAGGGUCUGCUAGAAGACGAAGAUCUAUCCAAAAUCAAGAAGCUUUUGCUUUAGAUGUUGAUGUAAAAGACAAUGAAGAUGAUAUCAAUCGUGUGAAUUUAAAUGUGUGUACAAGGUUUUUGGGUCCAGAUAAGAGUGGCAUGGCCCUCAUGGAAGUUAACUUACUCAGUGGCUUUACUGUGCCUUCAGAUGCAAUUCCUUUGAGUGAGACUGUGAAGAAAGUGGAACAUGAUCAUGGAAAACUCAACCUCUAUUUAGAUUCUGUAAAUGAAACCCAGUUUUGUGUUGAUAUUCCUGCUGUGAGAAACUUUAAAGUUUCAAAUACCCAAGAUGCUUUGGUGUCCAUAAUGGAUUACUAUGAACCAAGGAGGCAGGCGGUGAGGAGCUACAACUCCAAGGCAAAGCUGUCCUCCUGUGACCUCUGCGGUGGCGUCCAGGGCUGCGGGCUGUGUACGGAUGGCGCGGGGCGCCCCCCUCAUCACCUUUCACUCAUCUUCGCCUCCUGUUUGACGCUCCUGUGCGCUUUGCAGUGUUGACUGUGAUCCAUUUUUAAAGGACUCUCUGAAACACAAACAUUUUCAGAAGAUACAAGUAAUCAUCUUGUUUUUCAUAAUUGAAUAUUGUCCCUGACUAUUUUGAGCAAACAUUUUUCUCUUUCUUUCUGUGGAGUUUGGAGGCGUAGUGUCCUUGUGUGUAUAGCUACAGAGGCUUCUUCAUGGGACCGCGGUGGAAGACCAGAAUGCUAACACUGGUAUGUUUUGAUUCUGCUCCCCCGCCUCUUCUCGGAAUGUUUUAGGACUCUAGGGGAAGCGUUUCCUUUUCCAGAAUAAAAGUAUUAUUUUGAAUUCAUCAUUCUUGUUUUGUGAAAGAAUUGAGCCUGGAGACUUAAAACUUGAGAGGCAUCAGCAAUUGUGUCCAUGUUAAAGGUGGGCUUCCCUGGGAGCUGAGCUGGAGAUGACUGGCUGGAAGGCCUUGUUCUGUCCCUUCUCCUUGCGCUGUCCCACCUGUGCCUACUGCCUACCCCAACCCACUCCCCGUGGUCUGUCCUUCAACUGCACAUUGCUUCUUUCCUUUUACACUGUCGGUGGAGAAUUUUAAAAAGUGAACCACACUCUGAUAUGGGAUGCAAGCAUUGCGAGUGGCAGCUUGAUCUGUGGGCCACAGUGCCUGCUCCUAAACUUGUUUUAAUCCCAUUUCCCAUGAACUUUUUUUGAAGUAUCCUCCCUAAUACUCCCUAAUUGAACAAAGUUUCUGUGCCAUGGGAUAUGAAAAUCACACACACACACACACACACACACACACACACACACACACACACACACACACACGUGAAAUGGAUGCUUUCCACCCCAGAUGCACCGCAGUUUUUGCCCUCCAGGCUUUUCAUUCUGGAGAGGCGAAGGACAGUGGGUCUGCCUGUGCUUUGCAAGCUGGCUCAAAGGGCCAGGCAUGUGCUCAACACUGCCCCCACAGGCCGUGGGCACACACUCUCUGCAGCCCUGGCUUUAUUAUCUGGAACGAGAGACAAAGAACACUGCAAAAUAGGCCCUCUGU